UUUAUGCAGGGAAGAGACACGAGACAAUUUUAGCCUGUGGUGUUUCCAGAGGACCAGCGCUCAGGAGAAUCAGUUGGGACUGUACUGGUCUCUGGCUGCAGAUGUGAUGGCUACAGUCCUCUUUACCUUUGAAGAUUUGCUGUACAAUUGGGACAGUCUCGUCUGGAACCUCACAGCGCGAGCCCUAAGAAACUGGCGCUUUGGGAAUCUUCGUGCCUUGCAGUUCCUACUGAGACCAUGGUGCAUCUCUCACGGUAUCUAUCAGAUGUCCGAAGGUCGUCGGUGUCAGGUACACCUUCUGGACGACAGGAAGCUGGAACUUCUUGUUCAGCCCAAGCUCCUGGCAAAGGAGCUGCUCGACUUGGUGGCAUCGCACUUCAGCCUGAAGGAGAAGGAAUACUUUGGGAUAGCAUUUACAGAUGAAACGGCGCAUUUCAGCUGGCUGCAGUUAGACCGCAGAGUGUUAGAGCAUGAUUUCCCUAAAAAAUCAGGACCAGUUGUGUUGUAUUUCUGCGUGAAGUUCUACAUUGAGAGCAUAGCUUACCUGAAGGACAAUGCCACCAUUGAACUCUUCUUCCUGAACGCAAAGUCUUGCAUCUACAAGGAGCUGAUUGAAGUCGACACUGAAGCCAUUUUCGAGUUGGCAGCGUACAUCCUCCAGGAAGCUAAAGGCGACUAUUCAAGCAAUGAAGUAACAAGAGCUGAUCUAAAGAAACUUCCAGUACUCCCAACCCAGGCACUGAAGGAGCACCCAUCUCUCGCAUACUGUGAGGAUCGAGUGAUCGAACACUACAAGAAGGUGACUGGACAAACAAGAGGACAAGCUAUCGUGAAUUACAUGAGCAUUGCAGAAUCUCUUCCAACCUAUGGGGUCCACUAUUACGCAGUAAAGGACAAGCAAGGAAUUCCAUGGUGGUUGGGACUGAGUUACAAAGGGAUUUUCCAGUACGAUUAUCACGAUAAAGUGAAACCCAGAAAGAUUUUCCAAUGGAGGCAAUUGGAGAACCUGUACUUCAGAGAGAAGAAAUUUUCUGUGGAAGUUCAUGAUCCCCGCAGGGCCUCUGUAACCAGGAGAACCUUUGGUCACAGUGGAAUCGCAGUGCACACAUGGUACGCCAGCGCAGCUCUGAUUAAGUCGAUCUGGGCAAUGGCCAUUAGCCAGCACCAGUUCUAUCUGGACAGGAAGCAAAGCAAAUCAAAAAUCCACGCUGCCAGGAGCCUGAGUGAAAUUGCCAUCGACCUGACUGAAACGGGGACUCUGAAGACAUCCAAGUUGGCCAACAUGGGAAGCAAAGGGAAGAUCAUCAGCGGGAGUAGUGGCAGUCUCCUCUCCUCAGGGUCUCAGGAGUCAGACAGUUCGCAGUCUGCCAAGAAGGACAUGCUGGCGGCUUUAAAAUCCCGGCAGGAUGCUCUCGAGGAGACUCUGAGGCUGCGGCUCGAGGAACUCAAGAAGUUGUGUCUGAGAGAAGCGGAGCUGACGGGGAGGUUGCCCAAGGAAUAUCCUUUAGACCCUGGGGAGCAGCCCCCAAUCGUGCGGCGAAGGGUUGGCACCUCAUUUAAGCUAGACGAGCAGAAGAUCACGGCCAAGGGAGAGGAGAUGGAACUGGAGCGCCUGGAGCGAGAGUUUGCCAUUCAGUCACAGAUCACGGAGGCAGCGAGGCGGCUUGCCAGUGACCCCAACGUCAGCAAGAAGGUGAAGAAGCAGAGGAAGAUAUCCUACCUGAACGCCCUUAAGAAGCUGCAGGACAUCGAGAACGCCAUCAACGAGUACAGGAUCAAAUCAGGGAAGAAACCGACCCAGAGGGCAUCACUAAUCAUCGAGGAGGCAAACAUUGGUUCAGAAGACAGUUCAUUAUCAGAUGCUCUGGUUCUUGAGGACGAGGACUGUCACAGCUCGAGCCUCUCGUCACCCAUCCAGUCUCCGCACAAGGCCCUCCCUCCCCGCCCACCCUCACAUCAGAGACCCCACCCACCGCAGUCCCUGGAUGGCUUACGCCAGCUGCACUACCAUCACAGUGAUUACGACAAGUCACCCAUCAAACCAAAAAUGUGGAAGGAGUCGUCCUUAGAUGAGCCAUACGAGAAGGUGAAGAAACGAGCCUCACACAGCCACUCCAGCCUGCCGAGUGGACACACGCGAUUCCCCAGUGUGGGGAACAGUGCAGAGGCAGGGGCCGGAGGUUCACUACAGAGCAGUCCUGUGAGAAGUGCCCCGCACUGGAACUGCACACAGUCCAGCAUGCCUUCCACGCCCGACCUACGGAUACGGAGCCCCCCCUACGUACAUUCCACACGGUCAGUUGAUAUCAGCCCCACCCACCUUCACAGUUUGGCACAGCACUUUAGACACAGGAGUUCCAGCUUGGAGUCUCAGAGCAAGCUGGUUAUGUCUGAGAACGAGACUGGGAGUCCGGACUUCUACACCCCAAGGACUCGUAGUAGUAACGGUUCUGACCCCCUGGACGAUUGCUCGUCCUGCGCGAGUCACUCCAGCUCGGAACAUUACUACCCGGCGCACAUGCAUGCCAACUACUCCACGCUGGCCGAGGACUCGCCCUCCAAAUCCCGGGAACGCCAGAGGCACCGAUCUGCUGGGAACCUGGGUUCCACCAAUUCAGGGAGCAUGCCCAACCUGGCCGGCAAGAGCGGCGGUGCCAAUGGCGGGGUCUACCUUCACAGCCAGAGCCAGCCCUCGUCGCAGUACAGGAUCAAGGAGUAUCCCUUGUACAUCGACGGCAGCCCAACACCGGUGGUGGUACGGAGCCUGGAGAAUGACCAGGAGGGACACUACAGCGUGAAGGCACAAUUUAAAACUUCCAACUCUUACACCGCAGGUGGGAUCUACAAGGACUCCUGGCGCGGCGAGGACAUGGCUGCCGUGAAGCUGAUGCCGUCGCGCUCACAAAUUGUUCGGACUCCCUCCCUGGUUAAGGAUAAUGCUGAAAGGAGCACAAACAGGACUGCUCUGUCCGAUGAGCUGAGGUCGUGGUACGAGAGGUCCUCGGCCACGCUGAAGGAGCACAAUAGACUCGUUCACACAAAUUCCGACUCAUCAGACAGGAGUUCCCCGUACUCCCCAGCACAGAGUGCCUUCAUCGGUCACAGCAGGACAACCCGUAUGCCUCAACCAUCCAAAGGAACAUCAGCUGUUUCAGCUUCACCUCGCAGUCAAAGGAGCACAACGCAGCCUGCUGAAUUGGCCGUGACUUCCCCGUCAAGCAGUCCUCACCACAUCGUGUCCUGGCAGAGUGGGCCCUAUCAGGACACUUGCUACAUGGACAGGUCCCUCUAUUCAGAAUUAGCAGACGUCCAGUGGUAUGGGAGCGAUAGUGCUAAACCUGGAACUCUCGUCUGACCAAUGACCUCAGCUCAAACUACAAGCGUCAAGUCCACCUGGUGACCAUCUCACUGCCCUUUGUCACUGCCUUACUCUAUGCACAGCUAGGGACCAGAAAUCUCAGCUCCAAGCACACCCACAAAGGAAAUUUCUAAACCAAGCUAAAGUGAAUCCUCAGUAAAGUACCACAAACUGUGCUUUAUUUUCCUCUCCCUCUUUCUCACCCCACUCUCCCCUCCACCCCUCCCCCUCUCACUUCCUCUUCCCCCAAACCCUCUCCCCUCUCUCACCCCACUCACUCGCUCUCUCUCCCCCUCCCCCCUCUCUCCCUCUCUUCUAUUUCUCUCUCUAUCUCCCCUCUUUCUUUCCUGUAUUUUUCUCUCUUUCCCCAUCGCUCUCUCUUUAUCUCUAUCUCUAUCUCUCUCAGGUAACCACCUGGUCAAGAAUAACAAAGGUUUUUUACAGUUGAAGUCAGAUUGCAAAUCCCACCCACCAGACCUCCCUUUGUAGAAGUCUGUGUGAUUCCAUUCCGAUCUCUAGUGGGGAACAAAUGCCAAUAGCUUAGGAACAAGAUACUUCAGAACUUAACCAAGCUUAAUGUUUACUUGAAUUUUACCAAAGACCAACUUUAAGCUAAAGAGAACAAGCUGGACAGAUGUUGUCCAUUGGUUACCGGUUAAGUAAACAAGCAGGCAAGCACGGAACAAUGAUUAUGUUUGUCUGCGUAUCCCAACUGGAAGGGGCUGAGCAGACGCAAAUACAGGACCGGAGGUUUGAUUCCUAGCACCUGUUUCACACUGGCAUUGGAAGAGGAAUUUGACCCCAGUACGUUGCCAAUUUGUGCUUCACUGACAGGCCCUGCAAAAUAUCUGAAAAAUGCAUUGGUCAUGUUAACGAGUGCCGGGGUGUAGGAAAAAAGCCUUUCCUCUCUUUACACAACAUGGUUAUGAAAUGGAGACUGUAUGAUACGUCACUGAUACACAGAUUCAGUGUGAGAUAAAGCACAUGAUUAAUAUAAUCUGUAUAUUUUUGAGUUGGGAGAAAAAUUGAUAUAAAAUCAGUCCCUGGUUCAAGAUGAAAAUCAUUUUACCAGUCACGCAUUCUCUUCAAAGGCUUUAGCUGAUUUAGUGGAAGAGACCUUGGAGAGUUAUCAACCCUUGGAAGGCCUCACGAAAUAUUAAAAAAAUAUUUUCCCAUGAAGUACUCAUCAGAAGUAAUUUAGUGACUAUAAAGUUUGGCAGGCAGAGUGUGUGUGUGUGUGCUCACUCCAGAUUUCUCAGCAAGGGGGCUGUUACAGACAUAGAACUCCCUCUCUCUCUCUUCUGCGUUUCUGAAUGGCGGAGGGUUUCCUGUUUGAGAGGAAGGUGAAUUGAAUAUCAGUGCUGAGGCAGCACCACUGUGUGUGGUCCCGGAGCAAGGAUAAAUUGCUUCAGUAAACCAGACACCACCGUUUGUUUUCGGGAGACAGCUAAGAGGGAUUUGCGUUCAGUUAAAGAGGCCAACAUUCUCAGAUGCCACCAUGCAUUUAUCGUGGGGUGAAUUUUUCUUUCUAAUUCUCCGUUUCUGUUACCAUUGUGGAAAAUGUUAAAGUUCCAAUAUGUUUUAUAAAUCAGUAUUAGUUUAGUUUGGCCAUAGACAGUCACAUUCAGGUGCUCACCCAACAGAACAGUUACCACUAGAAUAGAUGUAGGGUUUAAAAUCUAUAAAUGUCAAUAGUUUUAUUACAAGUUUGUGUAAAUUAAAGCAAUGUAGUUAAAACAAAUUCAGUAGAUUGCGGCCUGAAACGACUGUAGAUUCUAAAAGAGCAUGUAAAAUGUCUUUUUUUUUACCCCUCUUUUUGUUCAAUUUUAAUCAAAGAGGAUUAUGUAUGGCGUAGAAAGUGCAGAAUUAUGAAAUUCUGCUAUUAAUUUAUUCUUUUUGUAUUAAGAAUUUGUAUAGUACCUUUACAUUUUACAGAAGUGUUGUCGAGAAUUCCAAAAUGAAGCAUUUUCAAGAUAAUGAAUUUGGUGGUUCUUGAAAUUAACAAAAUAAAUUAUUACUGUAUGU